GAGUAGAAUCUAUAUAAAGAAGAAUUGUAUUUACAGUGGCAUUAAUUUCGGAUAAAACUCGUCACCUCCAGUAUCACUCUGGCAAGGAGAAGUUAAAGCAAAGAUUGUUGAAUAACAUCGAGUUUGAUAGGUUCUAUUUAGAGUUUAGAACAAACACGGUACGAGGAAAAGAUAGGAAGAUGAUGCCGAGAUUGGUAGUACUCCUCCUGGGAUGCUGUCUGGCGGCUGUCGGCUCUAUGGCAGCAGAACCAAUUGAAACCCAGGAACAGAUUUGGACAUUCAUGAAGAAAUAUGGCUAUAUCACUGAGGAGAACAUGGUGAAUGGAAUGCCAAAAGAUGAGGAAACCAAGACAAAAUCCAUUACAUACUUCCAGAAAAUGGGAAAUAUGACGAUGACAGGAACCCUUGAUGAAGAGUCCAUGGAGCUGAUGAACACACCUCGCUGUGGCAUGAAAGACAUGGAAUCCUUUGCCGAUAUGAUGAGAAGAAAACGGUAUGCCCUGGGUCCGAGGUGGCGCCAGACCGACCUGACAUGGAAUAUCCUGGAAGACAGCGAUGAUCUACCCCGUGCGCAAGUAGAGAGUAUCAUGGCACGAGCUUUCAAGGCUUGGAGUGACGUCUCCACUCUAACUUUCAGCAAAGUGACGACGAAUGAGCCUGACAUCAAGAUAAUCUUCGCUGCGGGUGAACACGGGGAUGGGAUAGAGGCCAGGUUCGAUGGUGGUGGUGGUGUUCUAGCGCAUGCGUAUUUCCCCACCUCAAACUCAAUUGGAGGCGACGCACAUUUCGAUGAAGGCGAGAGGUUCACGGAAGGCACCUCUACAGGAAUCAAUCUUUUCCAAGUCGCUGCUCACGAGUUUGGUCAUAGUCUUGGUCUCAGACACUCUGAUAUCGAGGAUGCCCUUAUGUUCCCAUACUACAGAGGAUACGUACCAAACUUUCAGCUUCAUCGAGAUGAUAUUGCUGGUAUUCAAGCUCAUUACGGAGAAGGAAACGGGCAGCCAGAAGAGCCAGACACGCCCUCGACGCCAUUGGACAACUGCAUGCCUCAGAUUUCUCUGGCGACACGGACGGAAGAUGGCAGUGCCUACUUUGCUAAUGAAACGCACGUGUUCCGUCGAACGAGUAAUAACAUAAUUCCUGCCGGCUAUCCGAAGAGAAUAGGUGACGAAUUCCCCGGUCUUCCAACUAACCUAGACGCUGCUAUCUUUUAUUCUCCAUACACCUACUUUUUCAAGGGAAGUCAAUAUUGGCGUUUUCAAAACCAGGAAAUGGCUGGCACUUAUCCGAGACCGAUGUCCGACUGGCGGGGUGUACCAACCGAUGUUGAUUCGGCUUUCGUAUGGAGCCGCAAUGGCGGAAUCUAUUUUACUAAAGGAAAUCAGUACUAUCGCUACACUGGUCGAGAAAACUCAUUCUACCCACAACCCUUGAGCCAUUUUCGUGGGCUUCCAAGUGAUGGUGUAGAUGCCGCCUUCCAGUAUAGCAACUCUAUCACUUAUUUCUUCAAGGGGUCAGAUUAUUACCGGUUUAACGAUAGCACUGUCAUGGUGGAUAACGGAUAUCCGCUGAAUACGGCUAUCCAAUGGUUAGGCUGUGAUCCGAAUGAGCUUCUCGGACCACCUGCGGAUACCGGAGGCGAUGCGACAGUGAUGGUUCCCUCAAUGGUCGCUGUUCUCUUCUCUGCUCUUUCUGCCAUUUAUUAUGCUUUUUAAAGUCAUUUUUAGAAUUAGAGUGCAUAAAGUUUCAGCACCAAUCAAAGUGAAAAAAUUGAAUCACAUUUAUAUAUUGUACAUUUUGCUUCUCUUCCAUUUUAUUUUGUUCAUCAAGAAGUGAAACCUCCCGAAUCUGUUAUUAGUAACUCGUAUAAUCAAAUAUUCAGUGAAAUAGAGUUUUGAUCCCCCCUCCCCACCCCCCCUCCCUCCCCCACCCCUCUCUCUCUCUCUCUCUCUCUCUCUCUCUCUCUCUCUCUCUUCCCAUACCUCCAAUGAACAAGUUAUGUCUCAUUUUACGCAUAACUUAACGCAUUUCAGGUUAAUAUGCCUAAACAAAGCGAUAUACUUAUGUGGCGGUUACAAUGAAUUGGUUUCCGAUUAUACUAGAAUCUAAAAGUCCCUAAUGUUCCUGACCUGAGGCCGCCAUUACGUUCAAGAUCAGCUUGAUGGCGGUCUUCCAUGUUUGGGGGAAAUUUUUGGGAAAUUUAGAAAAUUGGAUGGAUAGUAAUUCUUUAAAAUGUUGAUAUAUUUGGAUGCCCCUGUGAAUGUAUAUUAAGUACUAGAAAAUUUAGCACCUAAAGCACAUCUGCUUUCGAAAUAUUGAAUAAUCAAAAUUUACCGGUGCUCCCGGUAAAUCUCAAAUAUUUCAAAUAGCGCCUAAGACCAUUCUUGGUAGUUGCAACCAUGAAAAUCUCAA